AAAAAAGGUCGAAGAGCAGCUGAGUGAACCUUACUCCUUACUCAGCCGUGACCGCUCCUCCUCCGUGUUUACUGCGUGAUAAAUGUAUCAGGUUCUGCUUUCUACCCCCAGACAGCUUGCAGCCCCGACAGCCUGAAAUCUCUCCUGUCUUGAAUAAUGAGAGUCUGUUGAUGGGAAUAAUCAGGAAUCUUGCAGCUCAUGUGGGAGUAAUUCGUCAGACAUUACUCAGAAACCAUAAAAGAAUAACCAUGUCUCGGAGGCUCCAUGCGAGAAGAUUAGACGGAGUCGAUAAAAACGUUUGGGUUGAAUUCACGCAACUAGCUGCAGACUACAAGCCUGUGAACCUCGGGCAGGGGUUUCCUGACUUCUCUCCUCCUCAGUUCAUCCAGGAAGCUUUCUGUGAAGCUGUUAAAGGAGGACCUGAAAUGCACCAGUAUACACGAGCUUUUGGCCAUCCUCGUCUUGUAAAAAGCCUGGCAAAGUUUUUCAGUCGCAUUGUGGGACAUGAGAUCGAUCCUUUCGAAGACAUCUUGGUGACAGUUGGAGCUUAUCAGGCUCUGUUCUGUGCGUUUCAGGCUCUGAUUGAUGAGGGAGACGAGGUCAUAAUAGUUGAACCGUUUUUCGACUGCUACCAGCCGAUGGUGCUGAUGGCCAAAGGGAAGGCCGUGUACGUCCCUCUUAGACCAAGAGAGGGAAGCUCUGUCCUGUCUAGUGGAGACUGGGUUCUUUCUGCUGAGGAACUAGCGAGUAAAGUCACCCCACGCACAAAAGCCAUCGUUAUUAACACUCCUAACAACCCACUGGGAAAGGUUUAUAAGAGGGAGGAACUCCAGAUGAUUGCUGAUCUGUGCAUCAAACAUGAUCUGCUUUGCUUCACCGAUGAGGUGUAUGAGUGGCUCACUUACGACGGCGCCAAGCAUGUAAAGAUAGCCAGCCUUCCUGGGAUGUGGGAACGAACCAUCACAGUUGGCAGUGCCGGAAAGAGCUUCAGUGCUACUGGCUGGAAGGUUGGCUGGGCCAUGGGGUCUGGACAUGUCAUCAAACACUUAAAAGUUAUCCAUCAGAACUCUGUUUAUCACUGCGCAACAGCUGCUCAGGAGGCAGUAGCUUGUGGAUUUGAGAGAGAGUACGAGCUGUUUGGGACUCCAGAGAGCUACUUCCAGCAGUUGCCUGCGGUGCUGCACAACAAGAGACGGAAGUUGGCCUCCUGUCUGCAGAGCGUGGGUCUCCAGCCUAUCAUGCCAGAAGGAGGAUAUUUUAUGAUCACCGACGUCUCCUCUGUCAAGGUGGACCUAAACGAUCACGGCACCAAGGAUGAAUCUUAUGACUUCAAAUUUGUUAAAUGGCUAGUUAAGGAAAAGGGCUUAGCAACAAUCCCCGUCUCUGCUUUCUUCAGUCCAGAGCACAGUAAGGAAUUUGACAAAUACAUCCGCUUCUGUUUUGUAAAGGAGGACUCCACACUGGAUGCAGCAGAAAAUAUCUUGAGAAAGUGGAGUCAAACUAAGUAAAGUCAACCAUCGGCAUUUUAUCAGGCUGCUCAAAGAAGCUUGGUUUGACUUCUCAGGAAAGCUGUUCAUAAUUGUUUGGUGUUUUUUGGAAGUUUGUCAACAAGCGCCCGCAAACGCACUUUCAUCCACUCACACUUCCAUCCACGUACUCUUUUCUUUAGCGUCAUCAGCCAAGGUGUCCAUAUGAAUGACUUUACAUGCCAGAAUGAUACCUGAAGUAAAAGUGGAAAGUACAUUAAAACUUGUGAACAUAAAGCCUCUGUUUGUGUUAUUUUUCUGAGCAGUUGUAUUUUUUAGUGUUACACUAAUAAACAUUUUUAACUCUC